AUGUCGUGUAUUAAUGUGAUCUCUAGAAAUUUUUCAACGUCCGUCGUUGCCCGCGCGGCAAUCAAAAAUGUUACCGUGGUCGGUGGUGGACUGAUGGGUUCAGGGAUUGCACAAGUGUCCGCCCAGAGUGGACACAACGUAACCAUCGUAGAACUCAACCAAAGCGUCUUGGACAAAACGUACAAGAGCAUCGAGAAUAGUUUGCAACGGAUCGCCAAAAAGACAUUCAAGGAAAAUCCCAACGAUGCCAAUGCUUUCGUAUCCGAAGCACUUUCGAGGAUCAGCACAUCGACCGAUCUGCCCAAUGUCGUUCAGGAUUCCGAUCUGGUGUUGGAAGCUAUUGUCGAAAACCUGUCGGUUAAACAUAAGCUAUUCAAAUCUAUCGACGAAGUCGCUCCAAAGAAGACUAUAUUUGCUUCUAACACAUCGUCACUGUCUAUUAGUGAGAUCGCGUCCGUCUCAAACAGGAAGGAUAGAUUCGCCGGCCUACAUUUCUUCAACCCCGUACCAGUGAUGAAACUACUGGAAGUCGUCAAGACCCCAGAAACUUCUGAUGAAACGUACCAAAAACUUAUGGCCUGGGGAAAAGCCAUCGGCAAAACUACUAUAACUUGUAAAGACACCCCCGGAUUCGUAGUCAACCGACUCCUUUUGCCGUUGAUGGCUGAAGCAAUCAGGAUGUUAGAAAGAGGCGAUGCUUCUCCUAGGGAUAUCGAUAUAGCCAUGAAAUUGGGUGCUGGACAUCCCAUGGGACCAAUUGAAUUGGCAGAUUAUGUUGGACACGAUACUACCAAUUCUAUUAUAAACGGAUGGCAUGACAAAUUCCCAGAGAAUCCGUUGUUUGAACCAUUGAAGUCUUUACAGAAAUUGGUAGACGAGAAAAAAUUGGGAACCAAGACCGGUGAAGGUUACUACAGUUACAAGAAAUAA